UUCGUUUCUUCAUUUCUUCUCUAGCUACCAUGUCCAAGCAAAAUCCAAAACGGUAUUCUCUGGAGAAGAUUAACAAAAAUAUCAGCAGUUCUAAAGAAAAUGAGAAGCAGAGAAGUGCUGCUAGUUUUUUAUCGAAACACAUGAAGAAAGUGUACCCUAUAGGGCUGUACAAGACUUGCUCAUCUCUUUCACUUUCUUCGUUAUCAUUAUCCUUGUCUCAAAACUCAAAUGAUUCUUCCCUCGCGGAUUCUUCAUCUCAGCUGGAUCAAAAGAUUGCAUUGGCACUCCGUCUUAUUGAAUCGCCUAAAAGAAGAGAGGUCCCAGUUGCCAAAACUUUCCAAAAACCUACUACUGAAGCGGCCUGUACAGAACCUGGGGAAGAAGGGUUUAGGAGGUGCAACUGGAUUACGAAAAAUAGUGAUAAUAUUUACGUACAAUUUCAUGACGAAUGCUGGGGAGUUCCAGUUUAUGAUGACCAUCAACUCUUCGAGCUGCUAGCAUUAUCCGGGAUGCUGAUGGAUUUCAAUUGGACGGAAAUUCUAAAAAGGAAAGAAUUAUUCAGGGAAGUUUUUGCAGGAUUUGAUGCUAACAAUGUGGCCAAAAUGGGGGAAAAAGAGAUUACGGACAUAGUCUCCAACAAAGCACUGAUGUUAGCUGAGUGCAGAGUUAGAUGCAUAGUCGAUAAUGCCAAUUGCAUAUUGAAAAUCGUGAAAGAAUUUGGAUCUUUCAGCAGCUACAUGUGGAACUAUGUGAGUUACAAGCCAAUAAUCAACAGAUACAAGCAUCCCAGAAAUGUUCCCUUGAGGAGUCCAAAAGCUGAGGCCAUAAGCAAGGACUUGCUCAAACGUGGAUUUCGAUUUGUAGGACCUGUGAUUGUGCAUUCAUUCAUGCAAGCUGCCGGAUUGACAAUUGAUCAUCUUGUUGAUUGUUUUAGAUAUAGUGAAUGCGUAAACCUUGCCGAAAGACCUUGGAGGCAUGUUUAAUACUAAGUCACACAGAUUUAAAUUAUUAUUGUUGCUGUAAUUCUUUUAAUUUUUAAAUUUCCAAGCAAUGGCUUUCUUGUUGGAUAAUUUAUUUGUAAAUUUAUGUCUAGAACACAUGGGGUUUAUCCAAUGAUGGUUUUAGUCCA